AUGCCUAGAGUCGAUAAUGAAAUCAGUGGUCGUCUCGCCCUCAUAACGGGCGCUUCUGGAGGCAUCGGCUCUGCAUGUGCUCAGGACUUGUGGGCCCAUGGGGCUUCCCUCGCCCUGACAUGUUUCCACAAUAGACAGCCAGUAGACGACUUAGCUGAGGAGCUUCGCAAGUCGGCUGGCAGCGGAAGCCGCAAGGUCACCGUCCAUCGUGUCGAUACUGGCUCGGCUGAAGAGAUCGAGCGACUAUUUCGUGAAAUCAAGGAACAACACGGUCAAGACGGCCCAGAUAUACUAGUUUCCAACGCAGGCUACGGGAAGCGACGCAACGGUAUCUUGGAUGUGAGCUUGGAAGAAUUCGACUAUACUAUCAAUGUGAAUUUGCGGGCUUCUUUUAUUCUGACCAAGUUGAGCAUUCCCCAUAUGGAAGCUCAGGGGUGGGGUCGGAUUAUUUUCAUCUCUUCGAUAGCUGCACAAGGAGGUGGCAUCAACGCUUGCCAUUAUGCGGCUUCUAAGGCGGGCUUAACAGGUCUAAUGAAGAACCUGGCAAUGAAGCACGCAAAGGUAGGAAUUACUGUCAAUGAUGUAGCUCCGGCUAUGAUUGGGGAAACGGGAAUGAUACCCGACGAGAAGUUUGUCGAGGGCACUCCGGGCGACGUCAGGAAUAUCCCGGUGGGAAGGCUAGGAACGCCUCAAGAAUGCGCCAAUAUUGUUACUAUGAUAUGCAGGACGGGAUACUUAACGGGUCAAAGCAUAUUGUUAAGUGGUGGUCUUAAAUAG